AUGGAUGCAAAACCUCAUAAACAUUCUACUGGUUAUGGAUGGACAACAACUAAUACAAAAGGUAAAAUCAAGGUUGAAAUCGAAGGCAAGGAAGUUGAAUUACCUGUAACCAUUAGUUUCAAUGUCACCGUUCAUGGUGAUCCAACUUUUAGUUGCCGUCAUGGAAAUUAUAAUAAUUAUAAUAAUGGGAGAAUAAAGGGUUGUAUACAACAUUGUUCGCUUGAAGAAAAUGAUAACACGCCAAACUUAUCUAGUGAUCAAGCAAAUGUUGAGAGUACAGUAGAGUCGGAAAGCGGUUUUUCAGGAUCAUUUACUGUUACUACUACUAAAAAUAAUAAAGAAAAAGAGGAAGUUCUCAAGGAAGUAACAGAAAAUGAGAACGAAGACAGUACAAUAAACUCGAAUGAUGUCCUCUUACAAUUGGUGUCAAUGGGUUUUGAGCAGUCUAUUGCUGAAACUGCUAUAAAUGAGAAUAAGGGUCUCGGAUUUGAGUCUAUUUUACAAUGGCUAUUGGAUCAAAAAAACAAUAAUAAAGAAAAUGUAGAAGAAACUUUUGAAAAAGAAAACAAUAAUUCAUCUGCUGUACCUUUGACUGAUGAUGAUCAUGACGAGUCUCAAAAUAUCGAAAAACCAGCAAGAUCAAAGCCUAUACCCUACCGACGUCCAAUUUCUACCGCAAAUGCUAAACCUCCACAAAAAGGCAUAUUAAAACCUGCACCUCAGCCCAGCACGCGUUCAACUUGGAGACGUGAUUGGUUUGCUGCUUUUCAAAAUGUCGUUAACGUUACAGCUACAACUACUUCGACCGCUUCAUCAUCCACUGGAGAACAGGUUUCGCAAUUAAAUAAUGAAAAUUUAUCGUCAUCCCCAAAUAACAACAAUCUUCUCACCCCUAAAACUCUUAAACGGGUUCGAUUUUCUGUAAAUAAAUUAACAAAUGAACAUCCACAUUCACCAAUCCCCGGUGAUAGUGAUAAUAGUGAUUGGGAAGAAGAAUACGAUUUCCAUGAAUGGAGUAAUAUCCAAAAUCCUAUAAAUCAGCAAUUGCAACCAAAAUCGGAUCAGAAAACAUCUUAUUCGGCUAAAGAUAUAAUGCAAUUUUAUCUUUCUGCCUGUAAAAUUCGAGAAGAAUUUCCUGUCGAUCGACUUGUGGAUAUCCUUAGGAAAGCAAAUCAGCAAGGAGGAUCUUUGAAAGUUAUUGAUUUGACAGGUGAUAUUAUUGAUCGCAACAUUGCUGAACCUAUAGCAGAUGUUCUUACACUUGAAUUUGGCUUGGAAAAAUUAAUAUUAGAGAGGUGUGAAUUAGAAGAUGACACUUUAAAAAUUCUAUGCCAUAGUUUACUUGUGAAUGAUAAAUUGGCAUAUCUCAAUUUGGCCAAUAAUAGAAGAAUAAGAUCCAAUGGUUUUAAUUAUAUAGCAAUUUAUAUUAAAAAGUCUACAACUUUGACAUAUCUUGAUCUUUCUGGAACAAACAUUGACAAAAAAUCAGCUACUUUUUUAGCACAAGCUUUAACACAAGGAAAUAGUAAAUCUGGUGCUAUACUAAAAACACUCAAGUUGGAUAAUUGUGCACUAAAGAACAAUGUUUUGGAAGUUUUGGGUCCCGGAAUUCGAAGAUCAAAUUUACAUUAUCUGUCACUUAAAUUUAAUAAUAUCAAUCAUGUUGGUGCUGUAUGGAUUGGUGUUAUGUUACGCGAUUACGAUGACUUUAAUUGGACUCCCAAUAAUCCAUCAAUUUCAGUUUCUACUAUGCCAGCAUUCAACGAACAAGAAGAGGCUAAAGCCGAAAGAUCAAGAAAUAGAAGACAGGGUUUGGAAGUAUUAGAUGUUAGUGGUAAUGAUUUAAAGGGCGGCAUACAAUAUAUAGCCCAGGCUUUAAGAAGAAAUCGAAGUUUAAAAGAACUAUAUUUACUAGAUAAUCGAAUUGAUUCAAAAGGCUUAUUAAAUUUGGCCGAUGGUUUUAAAUAUAAUUAUACAUUGGAAUUACUCGAUAUAAGCAGGAACAAUGUUGGAGGUUUUUCAGCAGAAGGGAUAAUAUCGCUUCGAAAUUCUUUAUCAGUAAAUGAUUCUCUUAAAAAAUUGAUCCUAUCAGAUGUAAAUUUAAUGACAGAAGGUGCAAUUGCUCUUGCAGAAUAUCUUCCAGAAACCAGGACUUUAACUCAUUUAGACCUUACAUCUAACCCAGGAAUUGAUAUUGCAGGACUUAUGGCAUUAGCAGUUUCAAUAAAGAUGAAUCAUAGUGUUCGUGUUUUAGAUGUCAAUGUUCAACCUAAUGAUGCAGAAAUGUCAAGACUUUCUCGAGACAUUCUUCGUGCAUGUGUUAGAAAUACUGAAUUGGCACAGAAGGGUGAUACAGAAAAUGGAGACUUUAAUUAUUUAUUACCGGACUUUGAAACAAAGUCUUUUUCUGGAUUGUCAAGUUCGUUUGAUGAAGCUGAAUCUUCAGAGACGGGAUUAGGAAUUUAUUUGGAUGAUUUAAAAAAAGAUAUUAAAAUUGCUGAAGAAAGUCUAAGCCUUUUAAAAGAAAUGAUGGUAAAUGAUGAAUCAAAAUCAAAAUCAAAUAGUAAUAAUAAUAAUAACAAUCAAAUAAUUCCAAAUGAAGUUAUAAUGCAAUUAUAUGAUGAAUGUAAAAAUCUUCAAACAAAAAUAACACCAUAUCUUUCAUCUGUUAUUGAAAAGAAUUUACUUGAGAAACUUUUGAUUUUAAAUGAUAACUUAUCAACAACUUUACAAAAAUAUGAUGAAAUGUAUAACAAACACAAAGGAAAAUCUAUUACUGUUACUUUGUCAAAAGAACCCAAAGUUCCAGAGGCUCCAUUGGAUUCCAAUACAUCUUCCAAUGAUCAAAUUGAAUCUACUGAUAGCAAUAAUUCCUCUACAAUUAGUCUCACAAUACCCAUUUCUACGCCCAUUUCUCAAACAACUUCAUUACCAAAAACAACUUCUUCAACAGAGCCUUUUUCAAUUAUUGACUCAGAAGAUGAUGAAUGA